GUGAUCUAAGGUUCUUUCAGGAAACAGAAGUGAAGAUUUUUAUGUCCUGUUGUCGAGUCUCCUGUCAAUGCUGACGAUCCUCUGCUCAGACAUGAGGCACUCUGCUGUUAUACUCCUGAUAUUCAACACCUUCUGUGCCUAUUCAGAAAUUGCCCAUGAAAUUGCCCGUUUUGUGGGCUGCUUUGACAAUGGUACAACUGAUGUGCAAUUUGAAUAUGAUGCCCAAGAGAUUUUGUACAUGGAUUUUGAAAAAAAGGAACUUGUAUACACUGUGCCCAAAUUUCUCGUGUUGGACCCAAGUGAGAUGUUAAGUGGCUUACAUGUAUACAGAAAUGCUCUAAAAGGCAAGAGAAUAUGUACAGCAGUUCUGGCAUACGUUACAGUGGAGGAGAAAAAUCCACCAGAAGAGCAAGACCCCCCUGAGUGUAUCCUCUACCCUGCAGAAGAAGUUGAGGUGGGAGUUGAAAACAGCCUCAUCUGCUUUGUGAAUCAUUUCUACCCACCUUCCAUCAAAGUCAGCUGGACUAAAAAUGGUCAUCCGGUGUCGGAGGGGGUGUCGCUCAGUCGAUAUUAUGCCAAUAGUGAUCAGACCUUCCACCAGUUCUCAACCCUGACGUUCACACCGAGGGAGGGAGACAUUUACAGCUGCACUGUGGCGCACUCAGCCUUGGAGAUGCCUAAAACAAGAAUCUGGGGACCUGAAUUUAGCCAUCAAAGUCUCGGACCAGAUGUUUUCUGUGGAGUGGGCUUGACUCUGGGCUUUGUGGGGGUCGCAGCUGGAACAUUUUUAAUUGUCAAAGGGCACCAGAAGGUAACUUCUCAUUCUUAGAAAUAUUAUACACAUGAAAUUGAUGAUGAUGGUACUGAAUAUUGCACAAACAUAAUAAUAUUCAAGUCCAAUGCAAAUUUGCACCAUUGUCUAAUAAACUGUGAUUUGGUUCGAGAGAGAUAUGAAUAUCGAGCCUGUUAUGGCUCAUUCAAGAACAAAUUAGAUGUAAAGACUUAGUGUGGGAAAUUUAAAUUCAUUUGUACACAAAAUAUUUCCUGAACACACAAAGAAGAGAGCCACAGCAAACAGGUUCAUCAGCUGUAUUUCAACAUGGAAUUUACAUGAAUACAUACCUUAAUGCACAAUUCAUAUGACAGAUCUAUACUGUCUGUUUGGUUUAUUGUUAUUUGUAACUUGUAUAUCUGUUAAGAACAUUGAGGUUUCUCAUAUACCUUUUUUUUGUAUAUUUUUAUAUUUGUAUAACAUGUACAUAGAGACUUCUACUGUAAGUAGUAUUGAUUCUUUAUUGUAUUUACUUCACUGUUUCCAUUUACUGCUGCUCUGUAUUUCCACUACUGAGGUAUGUGUCAUUAGAAACUGGGUCAGAAUCAUUUAUGUUUGAAUUGUUUAACUUGAAUAAUUGCAUUGAAAAACUGAAUCUGAAUAGCAUAUAUUAAAAUUGAAUUAUACGUUUGGAAAUGAAUUCCAAUAAAUUUGAAACUGAAGGUAAUAUGAAAUUGAAUUAAUUUUCUCAGAAACUGUAACCUAAUUGAUCCUCACUGAAAAUUCUACCCUCCAUGUACUUCCACAAAUACUUCUCACUAUUCAAACUCACUUCUCGUAAUUGAAAUUCGAUUUACGAUAGUCACACAAAGGACCCAUUGUGGAUUGUGAAGAGUGAUUUUGUUUCUGAAGUUCAUAUCCCUGAAUGAGGGAAAAGGCCACACAUGGCCAUGAAACUGAUUGUCAAUCAAUUGUCCAAUUACUUCUGAGCCUCUGAAAAUGGAGGGACUAUGUAUGAAAACGGCUCUAAUUCCUAAACGGUUAAUGAAAUAUUUUUGUCAAUUAAAGUUGAAUGUAAAGUUGA